AAUAUCAAAGCCAAAAAACACUUCAUAAGUUACUCACCUCCUCACAGCCGACCUCUCAUUUCUUUCUAGGAUUUCGAACCAUCCACAUGUCAAGCGUUGUCGUCCACUUGAAAAUUUGAAGAGAAUUUCUGCUUUUUGUUGAGCCGUGCCGACAAAAAGUGAAAAAUGACACGCUUGGCUGUGAAGAUUUUUCUGCUUUUUGGCCUGGUUCGAGGCAUCUUCUGUCAGGAAUUUUUGAGUAGCAUGCCGUCGUCCGUGCAGAUCCUGACCGGCUCAUGCUUUUUUGUUCCGUGCACAUUCACCGUACACCCGUAUUAUGACUACUACCUGGACAACACCUGUGCAGUCAUUUGGAAGUCCUUAGACACAAAUAUGGAAGUGUUCCACUCCAAGGUGACGGAGGAGGUCAAUGCCAAGUUCAACUUACUGCAGGGAAAUGUUGUUGGAAAUCUGCUGGAAAAAAACUGUAGCACCAUCCUGGAACCCAAGUCGUCAGUGCAAGCCGGCUCUUAUUACUUGAGGCUGGAGUGUUACUACCAACUUCGUUACAACUUUAAGAAUACAUUUGUUAGAUGGGACUUUCAAGACUCAGUGCCAAAACCCACUAUCGAACCUACAACGGUGGAGGUUGAGGAGGGUACCACGGUGGCCUUAAAGUGUCAAGCGCCAAUUUUUUGCCCGACGUCACCCCCGCUGUUGACAUGGGCGCCAGAGUUAGGCACUGUAAAGGAGGAAGUGGAAGCAAACGUCACAGCGGUCAUGACUUUUGACACCACUUAUCUGCACGACAAUGUUGAUGUGACUUGCAGCGCCGUCUACAGGAGGCAAGAGGGAUAUUCUGAGCUUUCCACGGAACAGGCGUUGACGCUUCGGGUUAAAUAUGCUCCUAAGGACACGUCAGUUUCGGCAUCGCCACCCGGCUCUUUGCCCGACGGCAGCGCCGUCACUUUAAAGUGCAACGGUGUGGCCAACCCGCCGAUCACUGACGUCAGCUGGUACCGCGUGAACGAUAACGGUGCGACACUGGUGGGUUCGGGCCAAGAGAUCACCUUUAAUGUCACCAAGCUCUCAGGGGACAGCUAUUAUUGUGAAAACCACAACAUCCGCGGAGCACAGUCUGCCGAGCCCCUCACCAUCGAUGUCACAUUCGCCCCCGAGUUCCUGAGUUCUUCCGACUGCCAAGCCAUGUCGAACGGCAUUCAGUGUUCCUGUAUCAGCCAGGCCAACCCGCCGCCUUUGCUGCAGUGGAAACUGUUGGGAGUGUUGGUCGAGAACUCCAACCAGCAUACUGUCACGGAGCAGUCCCUCGACAAGUUCACUCGCAAAACCGUCGUCAUCUUUAAGAGCCUGGACAGUGGAACUUCUCUUGUUUGCGCCAGCUACAACCAGUUUGGGCCGGAACUUCUAGCUUUCGACCUGCCUGACUCAGGUGUGACGACUGUGGUGUGUUCUGUUGUGGGAGUGCUGGCUCUGCUGAUAUUGAUUCUCGUGCUUUUGUACAUUUGGAGGAAACCCAAAUUCCACUUCCCAGCGAGGUGGAGACGCGCAAAUAGGAACGCAGGCGAUCUGACCACCAAUAUGGUGAGUCAACAGUUUGGUUUAAACAAAUCAAACCCGACCGAAGUCCAGAACGAGCAACUUCCCAUGUGGAAAACGUCAGCAUGAGCAAACUGCGGUCCUGCCACUGACCAAGUCCAACGGCAUCAUAUGGGGUAGCAACUUAAAACGCGAACCCGAACCAUAACUCGAUCCAGAACCCAAACCAGAGCCAGAGGAGGAAAAGGGGAGGAAAAGGUGGCAGACUCCAACAUCACAGCUCGAAAACUCAGUGUUAACUUUAGGUUCAGAAAAUCAUUUUAGAUGACUCUGUACGAGUUUAAGUUGUGAGUAUUCAUAUAUUAGAAAAUUCUUGAGAAAUUUUGUGAUUGGUAAACACGCUGUUGAUUUUGGGGCAUGGCCAGUUCUUUCCUGUUGGUUUUGGGGCAUUUUCUAAGUAACUUUCUAUUUCUUUUUUGAGCAUUUGUAGAGCCCGUUAACAUUGGGUCACGAGUUUUGAGGCAAUUCUAUAUGAGGCUUUUCCAGGUCGCUUUCUAGACCUACUGAUUCUUUGGCAUUUUUGGGUCACCCCAUGUUGAUCACUGGCGAUUUCCCUUAUUUCAGGUUACAUCUUAUUGUUUUUUCUUGUCAUAUUCUGUUGAUUUUGGUGCAUUUUAAGUGGUCAUUUCCUGUUGAUUUGGGGUGGGGGUCAGAAUUUGAGUAAGAUAUUUUUGGUGGAGCGUUAGGUGUAGGCCUGCAGCUAUCGAUUAUUUCAGUAGUCGAUUAAUCGAUGAACUAGUUAGUUCGAAUAAUCGAGUAAUCGGAUAAGGAACAUAAAAAAAAUAAAAUACCUGAUCUGAGCCUCAAACGGUAUAAAAAAAAUAAUAAAUUAGGAUAUAUGGCCCCUCCCUACCUUUGCGAUCUUCUCCCCGUCUAAACAAUCCAACCCGUUCACUUCGCUCUACCACUAUUCUUCCCCUCUCCGUCCCCCGUGUCCGCCUCUCCACCUUUGGUUCCAGAGCUUUUAGUCAUUGCGGCCCCCAGCUCUGGAACUCCCCACCCCCUGAUCUUCGCAGCAUAUCUACCCUAUCACUUUUCAAAUCUAGACUGAAAACACACCUGUUCACGCUUUCUUACCCACCAUAACCCCUAGCUAGGUUAUAUUUUUACUAUCGUAGUGUGAUUCCAUGUCUCUUAUGAAGCGUCUUUGUGUCUUUUGAAAAGCGCUCUAGAAAUAAAAUGUAUUAUUAUUACAAAAGAACAAUUGGCUAACAAAUCUUAUGAAAUGCCAACCUUUUUUUUUAAAAUGCUCUUAAAUAGUUCACAUUAAAGGUACAAUACCUUUAACCUAAAUUACGAAUUCAUUAAAAAAAAAAAAAAAAAAAAAAAACACUAGCUCGAACAAAAACUUAGCUUAUGCUGGUCUUAACAGGGGGCAGCUGGAUUCAGCCAUGUGAAAUGAGGCAGACUAGAGGGCAGUGUAUCACACUUUCAAAACAAACCAUUACAAUGCCACUUUAAUUAAACGAAUACUGGAGGCAGAAAAAUUAAUAUUUUUUUCUUAUCGAAUACUCGAGUUAAUCGAUUAAUCGUUGCAGCACUAGUUAGGUGUAAAUGGUAGAGAUCAGAAUGAAAACAGGAGCCCCACUUAAAUGGAACCAAAAUACAACAUCUUCCACUUGUUUUUUGCCUUUUGAAAUAUUAAAACUGAAAUUACAUUGGUGUACUUUUUGGGCCCAGGUGUGUAACAUUUGUGCAUUCCAGUAGUUUUUACAAUACAAAUAAAAGUGUUUCUCACUCAA